GGACUCGUACGGCAUGUGCCAGAGUAGCGGAAAUGCGUCACGGACUCGUGUGACUGCUGCGGUGUGAAGGGAGUGGGCAUACGGGUGUCUUUCAACGUGGAUCACUGGUGUCUGUCAGUGUCGCUGUGCCUGUCUGUCGGCUCUUUAUAUUCACACGUCGACUCCAGCUUCACCAGCACCGACCAGCUACUUAAAUCAUGAAGAUUUGGACCUCAGAGCACAUAUUCAACCAUCCUUGGGAGAUGGUAAUUAAAGCUGCUAUGCAGAAGUACCCAAACCCCAUGAACCCCAGUGUGGUUGGAGUGGAUGUUCUGGACAGAGAUAUCGACAAACAAGGCCGCCUCCAUAGUAAAAGACUGCUCAGCACAGAGUGGGGGCUUCCAUCCAUAGUGAAAUCUCUCGUUGGUAGUGCACGAACAUACACGUAUGUUCAGGAGCAAUCAGUUGUGGAUCCCAAAGAGAAGACUUUUGAACUUCAGUCCACAAAUAUCACAUUCACAAAUAUGGUGUCCGUGGAUGAAAGGUUAACGUAUAACCCACACCCUGAAGAUCCAGAAAAAACAAUUUUGACCCAGGAGGCUAUCAUCUCUGUGAAAGGGGUCAGUCUCAGCAGCUACCUGGAGGGAGUUAUGGCCAGCACCAUCUCUACUAAUGCUGGAAAGGGCCGUGAAGCCAUGGAAUGGGUAAUCAGGCGACUGAAUGCGGAAAUCGAGGAGCUUGCAGCCACAGCACGCGGGACCAUCCGCACCCCGAUGGCUGCUGCAGUCACAGAGAAAUGACACCAGUACAGCCAGCCUCUUUUUAUGAUGCUUUGGUCCUAUUUUGGUGCUUUGGAGGUUUUUGUAUUGUUUAAGGGGUACAAUUCAUCCAUCUUGUAUACUUUUCCCAUCUACAUUAGAUAUAUUCUAAGCUGGAGACUGCACCAUGAAGGGAUUCUGCUGAGUGUUUUCAGGUGCUGCCCGGUGGGACUGCUUUGAUAGGGGAAACUCUGUGCUGAAAAGUGGGUGGCACACUCAGGGACAUGUUCAAAUACUGCUGCCAUGUUUGAAUACAGGUGCAGUGUGGAUGAACUGGAAACACAAGAAAUGUGCCAAAGCAGACACUGCUUUUUUUUUUUUUUUUUGUCUUUACAAAUGCCUUCUCCAGCUGUGUUUUCAUUUGGCAAAACAGUGUCAGAAUGCCAGCAUGUCUCUUCUGGUCUGAGCGCUGAGUCUACAGCAGCAGAGUCAGAAAGAAAACACAGUUCAUGGUGAGAUGUAUAGAAGUGACUGCGAUAAAGACGAACACGGGGAAUGGCCGUAGACUUGGCAGGUCAAGAGCACCGAGUGUCCCAAAUACAUGCAAGCAGGUCAGAGUAAAUGGUUUGGGUUAUUGACAGUGACCACAGUCAGGUCAGUCAGGUGUUAGAGAUAUCAACAACGUUUUCCUGUGGGACCUUAGUAACAACAACACACUGUACUAGCCAAUGAUGAGAGCUUGAUACUAAAUUGUACUGAUGUAUUGUAAUAACUUAUGUUAUUAAGGUAUUUAAGUGAAAUCAAGGGAUCAAAGUAGCUGCCAUAUUUAUACUUUUGAAGUUUUGUAGGACGACCUUCUCAAAUGCAGCUUUAAUGUAACACACGAAUCUGUUUACGGUGUAGAAACAAAGGUAAAAUUUCUUUUUACACACUAAACCUGAGCUUGUUAUAACUGAAACAGUUUUAUCAACAUGUGCGUAACACUGUCAGUGUGAUCACUCUGCAUAGAGGCCGAGAGCUUCACACUGAUUAAUAAUAAAAGCUGCUGUGCAUUCUGGGAGAGCAUUUUGAUCAAACUGUUUCAGUGAUUACUGUGUAUUUGAGAGUCUUUUAUUAUUGUUGUAUACUGGGAAACGGUGUGGUGAUGGUGAACGCACAAGUUUCUAUAUAUAAUAUAUUUAAAUAUAUUUUGUACCUACACUAGGAAUAUUUAUUUUGGAAAACCAUUUGUUUUGAAGAAGUAAGUUAUGAGUUGCUUGAUUUUCUUAAAGGCCGACAUCACAUGCUCAGCUUGUUAUUUGUGCAUUUUGAAUGUGUAAAAAGAUUCUCUUACAAUUCUCUUACAAAUGCACAAUGUGGCAAUAAAAUGUUUGAACCUGUUUUAUUUAA